GGUUGGUAAAGGGACGCUGUUGAGGCUGUUGCAGUUACCAAGGGAGACGGUGUGAAGCUGUGGACACGGCAAGGCUGAGUGCGAGUGUCGACUCGAGACCUGGAGCAAAGAGGAGACACUAACUCAGUGAAAAUGGUGGAACAGAUUAUCCUGUGAGGAGUUGUCUGAAGUGGAGCAGGAUCACUAUGUUGGGUCUGCCAAGAAGGUGACACCUUCUGUAUUCAAAGUGCACAACCUGAAGCUGUUUAGUCUUGAGCUGGAGCUGAAUGGGAAUGCCUGCAAUCAGUCACGUGCCAGAAAAUUCUUCCACAGCAUCUGAUGAGGAGGAGCAUGAUGACCACCCAUGCAUUCAGUGGACAGGCAUCAGUCGGAUGGUACCUAUCUUGAUUUUCUAUGCAGAUGGCAUUGUGACGAAGGACAGCACCUUACGCUUAAUUGGAGAACGCUAUCACUUGGCGUACAAGAUUGUGCGCACCGAGAGCAGGCUGGUACGUAGCAUUCUGACAGUGCAUGGCUUCCAUGAGGUCCAUCCCAACAGUAAUGAUUUCAACCUGAUGUGGACAGGUUCUCAUCUUAAACCUUAUGUUUUGCGCUCAUUGCUGGAAUUUCAAAAAGUCAAUCAUUUCCCCAGAUCCUAUGAAUUGACCAGGAAGGAUCGGCUGUACAAAAAUAUCCAACGCAUGCAACAAACGUUUGGUUUCAAGCAUUUCAACAUUGUACCUCAGGCAUACAUCCUCCCUGCUGAGUACCAGGAGUUGUGGAAUGCACAUACAAAGGAUAAAGGAGCAUGGAUUGUCAAACCAGUUGCAUCUUCUAGGGGCCGUGGAGUCUACUUGGUCACAAAUCCUAACCAGAUUGCGACAGAUGAGAGUAUCUUAGUUUCACGUUAUAUCCGCUCGCCACUACUAAUCGAUGACUUUAAGUUUGAUGUGAGAUUAUAUGUCUUAGUGACAUCCUACGAUCCUCUAGUGUCUUAUCUCUAUGAAGAAGGAUUGACAAGGUUUGCUACUGUGAAGUAUGACCGUGCAAUGAAGAAUAUCAAGAACCAGUUCAUGCAUCUAACCAACUACAGCAUCAACAAGAAAAGCCAAGACUAUGUCAGCUGCGAUGAUCCAGAUGUGGAGGAUUAUGGGAAUAAAUGGAGCAUGAGUGCUAUGCUACGGUACCUGAAGCAGGAAGGAAUGGACACAGUUGCUUUGAUGGCCCAGAUCGAGGACCUCAUCAUUAAAGCGCUGAUUGCAGCAGAGCUUCACAUUGCCUCUGCUUCCAAAAUGUUUGUGCCCCACAGAGGUAACUGCUUCGAGCUGUAUGGAUUUGAUGUGUUAAUUGACUCCAAUCUCAAGCCCUGGCUGCUGGAAGUCAAUCUGUCACCGUCAUUGGCAUGUGAUGCACCCUUGGAUUUGAAGAUCAAAGCAAGCCUGCUGUCAGACAUGUUCACUUUAGUGGGAUUUGUCUGUCAGAACCCAAUGGCCCGACAAGGCAGACCAGUGAAAAGCAGUUGUGAUCUUGGCGCUCGACCAAAGUCCCACACAGCUCUGCACCAACAGAGGCCAAUUUCUGCAAAUGAUACUGAAGUAAAAGGGAAGACUUCAUCGGGCAAGGAAAGACCAUUAGGAGCACAAGGAUCAAGCAAUCUGCAGUUGUCUUUGGAGGAGAUAAAAGUUGUGCGGCGUGCAAUGGAAGAGAAUGAGAGAAAAGGGGGAUUUAUACGGAUAUUUCCCACUGCUAAUACCUGGGAACUUUAUGGGCAAUUUCUAGAGCAUAAAACCACCCUGAACUAUGUGUUGGCCACACGUCUUUUUGCAGGCAGGAAGAAGAAACUUGCUACCUCAUUAAAACCUCGCAAUGGUGUCUUGCAGAGCAAUCAAAUGUCCUUCCGAUCAGAGGUGCUCCUUGUCGAGGUUCACAAUCAUGUUCAGCAAUAUGAGAGGAAACUGUUGUCUCUGGAAGAGAGAAGGAAGCAGAACCAAACUGCUGCACAGAUCGCAAUGGGAAAAGGUGCAGGACCUUCACACAAAGUUGCACUUGCUCCUUCGGGUAGUGCAAGUUGUGAAGCUGAGGGUGAAGAGGAGGAGGAAGCAGAGAAUGAUGAGGAAAUAUCAGGGAAUGAAGCAGAAAAUAGUGAACACACCUGCCCUGCCCAUGUCCUGGCUCAGGAACCAAUCUCAAAAAGCUCGAGAGUCAGUAAUGUGAAAAUGCAGGAAUGCCUGGAACUCACUGAGCAGGAGGCCGUUGGCAAACAGGUGCCUGGUCAGGAACAAGCUUUGACUCAAACUGAAGAGGAAGAAAACACCAAGCAACCAAAAGUUAACCUCCUUGAGAUGUUACAGCGAGGGGGCAAUCUCAGCAAGGUACAGGCACGCUUGGCCUUCUCUGCCUAUCUGCAGCGUGUGCAGUUCCGGCUGCUGAAGGAGCGACUACGUCAGAAUGAACCCACCACACUUAGUGACCAGGAAGAGAAGCAAAUGGAUCUGGUGGUCAGGUUUUUGAAGCGAGCAGCCAGUAAUCUUCAGCAGUCAGUGAUGGUGACAUUGCCCAGCCGUCGCCUUCCAAUCUCUGAGCGCCGACACAUCCUGGCACAGCAACUUGGGGUCUUCAUACGCAGCUACAGUAAGGAAACAGAUCGAAUGAUUAAGAGAAGCCAGAUGGAUCCAAAGCUGGAGACCUGCAUCCAACAGGAAGAAUUCCAAGUAUUUGUCAGUAAAGCCAGUGAGAAUGAUCUGGAGGAACUGCUCACAAUCUACACACGUAAAAACAAAUCAGCCAGUGUCUUCCUGGGAUCUCAAACCAGGAAUGGGAACCAGAGCAUCAGCAUGCAGCAAAGCAGCACCAAAUUCACAAAAGAACCAGCUGUACUCAAGGAGAGAGUUUCAUCUACAUUGGAUGGGUGUGAUGCUGGCAAGCUCUGUUUUACAGAAAGCCCGUCAGUGCAGGACGUCUCCAGUUGUCACAUUCACCCCCCCCACAGAAUCCUACAGCAGGCAGUUCACCAGCCCAUAUCCACUUCUGUACCCACUUGCAUGACUCCAACUCAGGAUCUGGCUACCUCGCUGGCUGAUGUAGUGGGAUGGACUGGCGCAGGGGCCUGUAGGUCAGGGUCGGCUACUCUGACAUCUCGUCACCCCCAGCACUCAGGCACGAUCCAGCGUCCCACUUCCAGCUCUCUCCCCAUUGCUCCAGUAUCAUCCUUCCAAGCGGCUACUCAGAUCUACAGUCGAAAACUAUCCCGUCCGAUCUCAGCUACAGCUGGAUCAGGUGUGCGAUGUCUCAAUCGACUGCCUCAACCAGCAGCAACAGUUGGCACACUUGGGGAAGGUGAUCACCGAACCACUCCAUGUGAAGACUUGAACCAUGAAGCUAUCUCCAUCAUUCUGCAGCGCUUGGCAGCAAAGCAGAGAGCUCGGCAAUACUCCGCUUCGAAUCAUCUCGGUCUUCUAACGCACCAGCUAUCCAACAUGAACCUGGCAAGUGGAGCAAUAAGCAAAGGAAACGAGUUUAUGACGCCAGGCUUCCAGUCAUCAGUCAAAAAUCUGGGUUCAACGCAAUCUCCCCACUUUGACCCUCAAGCUCCCAACUCUGGGCAUGGUGACAGAAUCACAUCUACAACCUCCCGGGGUUUCGUGGAUAACCUGAGUUGGGAUCACGAGGUCGAGUGUGCGUAUAACACAGCGACAGGAGUGACUCCAAGGCAGAGAUACCAGCCCACAUCUGGGAGCCAGCAACUGCAGUAUGCUGUCCAACAUCUCCAGCAGCAACAGCAGCACUCUCAGCAGCUCCUGGAUACCAGCCGUGCCCGGCACCAGGCAAUCCUUGCAGAAAGCCAGUUGCCGGCCAUGGAACCUAGCCUGCAGUGGUCAGCACCCCCAGCAUCAGGGAGUCAGACCUCAGUGAGCAGCAACCUCUGCAGCCAUUGGCCAAUCAGCCAACAGAAGCUGGAGGGUUCUGAGAGCAGUCCUUCACUCCUCCCACCCAGACCACCACCAAGCAACAGGCAGGGGGCAACCAGAAAGGCAAUCGCCCAGAGGGUAUCCAGCACAGCCCAGGCAAGCAGAUUGAGCGUCAACCAUACGUCAAGAAAUCAGUCAGAAAAUAGGAGUGAAUGGACCAGCUGAUCCUCGCAGGCUAGAUUCCCUGAAUCCACUGAUACAGGGGGAUCAGAAACCCACUGGUAGAAAUAAGUUGAGGAAUGUAGUGGUACCAAGACGACAGAAACCACAUCAGAGAUCUGUCUUCGGUGCUGUCCCUUUCUGCCCUCUCCCUCACCCAUCAACACCUAUCAGUUUGGAGAUGGACUCAGAGAUUAAUGACUGGCAGCAGUGGUGCAAUUACUGAGGAGGUGACACGGUGUGGAAACUUACAAACUGCGGACCAAUGCCACCAGGCCUGGGCCUGACGGAAAGCCCCGUCGUCGCUGUGAAAUAAAGAGCAGGCAGCAGGUGAGCGUUCUCCUGCCAGAGGAAUGGCAGUACUGCCAACUGCUCCAAAUGGGUCACCUGUCACUGAGCCACCAGAUGCCAAGUGAGGAGGCCUGUCCACACACAGCCAAUGUUGUCAGAAACUGUCCAGAAUUUUGUUCUGAGUGCUACAUGUACUGCUCGUUGUGAGAGCCAUGUAGGCUGGGACACAAAGUUCUCAGAGAUACACAGUCGUCAUUGCCUGAAGGAAGGCUGCAGAUGCCCACGGAUUGCUCGUUCUGAGGCUGUCACAGCACAACUGCUCACAAGCUAGUGCUGACCUUUGGGCAGAGGCACAAUUAGGGGGCGGGGGAAUAAAUGGACUUAUUCCUGAGAGCCCCCACAUUCUGUUCACCUUAAUACUGCUAAGCCAUGAGCAGUCAGUGGCACAUCCCUGCACCUUCAUGGAGCUUCUUACUAACUGUGCAGAGUCUUAGGCAGUGCCUGCGUGUUCCUAGUCCUUGCUUUCUGUUCUUUGAGACAGGAUAUGAACAUUAAGCAUCACUGAGCAUUGAGUAGUUUAACUCAUUCUUCUAUGAUUCAGUCUUGGGAUGUGGGCAUCACUGGCUGGACCAGUAUUCAUCACUUGUCCUUAGUUGCCCCUUGAGAGGGUGGGGGGGGUGAGCUGCCUUUUUGACCUGUCGCAGCCCACGUGCUGUGGGUUGACCCCCAAUGCCUUUAGGACGUGUAGGGGAAGUUACAAGGGCCUGGGUUC